CACACAAAACAAAACUCAGUUGGGCUUGGUCCGCGGUCACAGAAGGAACACUCGGCGGUAUCCGACGAACCUUUUAAUUCCAAAUCUCGCGUUUCACUGACGUCGCCUCUCGUCGUCAGCAGUCGUGUCGUUCGCAUUCUCGCCACAAUGUCCGUCGUGCAAAUGAUGGAGAGGUAUUGCAAGGUCCUCGAGGCCCACGUCGAUUUAUUUCUCAAAUCUGUGAGGUAUGCAUUGGGUUCCGUCAUCAUGUUCGGCAUGGCCCCAGAAUAUUUUGGGCUAUGGCUAGUGUGGAGAGGAGUUUCACUGAUGCUUCCAGGGUGGAUGUUUCAGUGGGGUGAUGACAAACUGUACAGCCUUUACCAGAGGCUGGUUUUGUUUUUCUUUGAAACCUGCACAAGACUAGAGGUUGUUUUAUAUGGCGAUGCCUAUGAUGUUUUGAAGAAAAGAGAAAGUGUACUCUACCUAGGAAAUCAUCAGUCAACAGUUGACUGGAUUGUAGCAGAUAUGGUGUCUCUGCGUUGUGGUUCCUUGGGCCAUCUGCGAUAUGUUAUGAAGGACACCCUGCAGUUGAUACCACUGUAUGGGUUUUACUUUUAUGUCCACGGUUGCAUUUAUGUGAAAAGAGGGAAGUUUAGUCAACAAAAAAUGAUUGCAUCACUUGAUUAUCUGAAAAACCCAAAAAUACCAACUUGGCUGGUGGUGUUUCCUGAGGGAACGCGAUAUUAUCCAGGUCAUCCAAAAGUUAUUGAGAAGUCAGAGAAGUAUGCCCGUGACAACAACAUACAGGUUUUAAAACAUCACUUAGUGCCAAAAACUAGAGGAACAUGGCUAGUGACAAAAAUUUUGCAUGCAAUUGAUGCCAUUUAUGACGUAUCGGCUUUCUAUGAGGGAAGUGUGAACGAAGAAGGCAUCAGAGGAAAUGCUCCUCAGUUGAUAGGUAUGUUGAUGGGCAAAUGCAAGAAGAUUCAUAUUCACAUAAGGCGCAUCCCCAUGUCAGAAGUACCAAAAGACGAAGAAGAACUGAAAGUAUGGCUUCACAAUUUAUAUAUCAAGAAGGAUGAGCUUGCAGAAAACUUCUUCACUAAAGACAAAGAAGCCCGAGCCUCUGUACAGACAAGAUUAGGUGGCCGUCCUCAUUCUCUUGGUCUUUGGUCCACAUUAUCAUCAUUUCUGGUCUUCACAGCCAUAACAGUGCCUGUUUUAUGUACCAAGAUUGGUCGCCAGUUAUACCUUCAGCUUCUUGUCUACGGAACAUUGGGUGGUUACGGGUGGUUAGCCCUUCGUUCAGUAUGUUAGAAAAGAAUGAUUCUAGGAUGUUUUAUUUUUAAUGUUAAAAAGUUUACCAUGAAUAACCUAAGUGCUGAGAUGUUGGAGUUUGUUUGUAGCAUUUGUAUUCUCAUUGACCAUACAGUGGAGAUAUUUCUCUUUCAUAUCAUCAAAUAUAAAAUGUUUAUGGAGAUGACACAAAUGGUAUUUUUUAUGGGAUAAUAUUGUCUGGAUCAGUAAUACUCAUAUAGAAAAUGAUGAAUUGCUAAUGCAUAAAGAAUGAGAUGUAGAGGAAGACACUAGAUUAUAGUUUGAAACUAUAUUAAGUAAACAUCGUGUUUUUUUUUUUUAAAGGGAGCUCAUUAUUUUAGGGAUUAUUUGUAUGGAGGGUAUACAGUAUAAUGAAGAGUGACUGUUAUUUAUACUGUAUUUAUUUUUUAUUUUCUAAGCCUGCUUUUGAGGAGCUGUUAUGUUUUGGGAAUGUCACAAAAUCCCCGAUUUAAGACUCAGUAAUUGGGAGUUUGUUGCCGCUGAAAAAAAGAAGAGCUUGUUUGUAGAUGUAAUGCUCUUGUAAGGAUGAAAUUGAGUAGAGAGAAGUGUGAGAAGGAAGCUUGCGUAGAAAAUGAAGGUCUCUACUAACCUGCACCUGGCCUUAGUUCACCCCAGUUGGGGCAUUAUAUUGAAUUUUGUGUUCAAAAAGAUUGUCAGUUUUAAAACAAUGUGUGAUUGUCAUUUUUAAAAGUGUGUUCAUAAGGAAAUACCAAAUGCUACUACUUUAGAGUGUUAAAUACUGUAUACAUAAAUAUAUGUAUUUCUGUGUAUAUGUGUAAACAGUAUUUUUUCUUGUAGGUAACACGUGUUCAAAAUACUGAAAUGCAAUUAAAACUAAGAAUGCCACAAAUUUGACUGCUGAGAUUGCUGCACUUGAAGACUUGUAUACACUUAAGUUUGAAAUUAAAAUAACAUCAUUGAUAUGAUGUAUAUAAUCACA